UGUUGAGUUCAUACUAGCAUUGAGUUCAUAGCAUAUUACAAUUGGCAGUUAAAUUCAAAUAGCUGUGUUGAGCGCUGUCUAAACAGCGUCUCGUUAACGUUCACGUAAAAGAUACAACAAAUUGCAGCUUGCGCUUAAAUCAAUAUUGUUAAAACGGUUAACAUGCAAACAGUUAUUAAGAAUCCCAACUGGUGGCGUCGACGCACCAAGCUGGAGCGGAGCCUGCUCAUCCUGAGUGGUAUUCUAUUCCUGAUUGCCGCCACAGGCUUCGGUCUCUGGAUAUUCAAUGCUCUCAAGCCGAUCGAAGGAGGUGCCGGAUCCGGAUCCGAAUCCGGAGCCGAUGCAGAACCAUCAUUGGCUCCACCGGAGGCGACAGCUUUGCAUAGCGAUACCACCAAUAUGAACAAGUUGUCUGUUGAGGGUCCCAAAGGAAAGCCGGAUUCGGAGGACGUUUGCCUGACCAAGGAGUGCAUACACACUGCCUCCACGGUGCUGAGCAAGAUCAAGGCGGAUGUAGAGCCAUGCGACAAUUUCUACGAGUUCGCCUGUGGCACCUACAUUGAAGAGGAGAAUAUACCCGACGAUAAGGUAUCCAUCAGCACUUUCUCCGUCAUCUCUGACAAGCUGCAGGAGCAGCUCAAGGACAUCAUCACCGCCGAGCGACCGGCCACGGAGCCCAAACACUUCCGUUUGCCCAAUUUGCUGUACAAGGCCUGCAUGAACAAGACGUUGAUUGAAUCUCUGGGCGCCACACCAAUCGCCAAGAUUGCCAAAUCCCUGGGCGGCUGGCCGUUGAUUGAGGGCGACAGCUGGAAUGCGGACGACAACUGGACCUGGCAGGAACAGGUCAAGAAAUUCCGCAAGGCCGGCUUCAGCAUGGACUACAUCAUUGACUUCUCCAUUGGCGUGGAUCUGCAGAACAGCACUAAGCGCAUUAUCGAUGUGGAUCAGUCCGCGUUGGCUUUGAGUCGCGAGUACCUGAUUAAGGGAUUUAAUGAGACCCUGGUUACCGCUUAUUAUGAAUACAUGGUGGACAUUGCGGUGCUUUUUGGCGCCAACAAGGAUGAAGCCAAGACACAACUGCUCGCAUCACUCGAGUUCGAAAUUGCGCUGGCCAACAUCUCCUGGCCCAAUGAGAAGCGUCGUAACUCAUCGGAGCUGCACAACCUACGCACCGCACAGCAGCUGCAGGCUGCCUAUCCGUACGUUGACUGGGUGGACUAUAUGAAUGCCCUGCUGCCAGCAGGCCUUACCGUGCAGGACGACGAGAUAAUCAAUCUGACCGUGCCGCCGUUCUUCGACGAGCUGGGCAAGCUGCUGGCCAAGACGCCCAAUCGUGUGAUUGCCAACUAUAUGAUGUGGCGCAUACACGCCUUCUCCAUUGGCUUCCUCAGUGAGGAGUUCCGCAAGCGACAGCUGCAGUAUGCCACAGCGCUGUCCGGUCGUCAGGAGCAGGAGGCGCGCUGGAAGGAGUGCGUCGAUAUUGCCUCCGGCAGUGACAGUGACGAUCUCGAAGCAGAUACUGAUAGCCUUGGCAUAUCCGUGGGCUCGCUCUACGUUCGCAAGCAUUUCAACCAGGACUCGAAGUCGAAAGCCUUGGAAAUGGUCAACGACAUACGCAUGGUGUUCGACGAUAUACUGAAUGAAGUCAUCUGGAUGGACGACAAGACGAAGAAGGAGGCCAAGGAGAAGCUUCAUAGCAUGGCCACGCACAUUGGCUAUCCCGACGAGAUGUUGGACAACGAGAAACUGGCCAAAUACUAUGAAAAACUUGACAUCAAUCCGGAAAAGUAUUUCGAGUCGUUUUUGAACAUGAACAUCUUUGGCACAGACUAUUCAUUUAACAAGUUGCGUCUGCCGGUCAACAAAACAGAUUGGAUACGUCAUGCCCGGCCAGCUAUUGUAAACGCCUUCUACUCCUCCCUGGAGAACAGCAUACAGUUCCCGGCUGGCAUACUGCAGGGCCAUUUCUUUAACGCCCAGCGACCCAAGUACAUGAAUUUCGGAGCUAUUGGCUAUGUGAUUGGACAUGAAAUCACACACGGCUUCGAUGAUCAAGGUCGUCAGUUCGACGUGAAAGGCAACUUGCGGGACUGGUGGCAGCCAGACACACAGAAGGCCUAUCUUAAGAAGGCACAGUGUAUUAUUGAACAGUAUGGAAACUAUACGGACAACGCCACUGGCUUGAAUUUGAAUGGCAUCAACACUCAAGGCGAAAAUAUUGCCGAUAAUGGUGGCGUGAAGGAGUCGUAUAUCGCCUAUCAACGCUGGGUAGAGAAGCAUGGGCCGGAGCCCAAGUUGCCUGGUCUGAACUAUACGCCUCAGCAAAUGUUCUGGAUCUCGGCUGGUCAGACUUGGUGUGCCAAAUAUCGUAAAGAAUCCCUUAAGAUGAGAAUUACGACAGGCGUGCACUCGCCCUCAGAGUUCCGUGUGCUGGGCUCGCUGGCCAAUAUGAAGGAUUUUGCCAAGGACUUCCAAUGUCCAGAAGGCUCCCCCAUGAAUCCUGUGCAAAAGUGUGAAGUGUGGUAGAGACUACCCGCAGUAGAAAUAUUAUGUUUCCAUAAAAUAUAUUAGAUUGUGUGUGUGUCUUUGUAGUAAACUAAAGCGGUAUUUAGAAACUCUAAAAGAUGUAUUAGCGAUCAUGCCCGCGUUCUAUGGGCUAAUCUCACGUAGAUUUACCAUUACUACCCCUAGCGUAUUUAUGCUGAGUGAGCAUAAUGUAAGAAAAAUAUUUAAUAAAUUUUGUUUAUAUGUA